AUGUUAUCCCGCUAUCUGCUCGGGUUCGCCCUGUCGGCCGCCGUCUGCGCCCAGACCUGCUACUACCCCGACAAGAAAACCGUUGCCAAAGGCUACUCCCCCUGCUUCUCGGGCGAUCAGCCCUCCCACUGCUGCUCCGGUCGCUCCGUCUGCUUGACAAAUGGCUUCUGCAUGGAUAUGUCCCCGCCCUACACCAUGGCCCGCGGCGCCUGCACCGAUCAAAAUUGGGAAGGCGGUUCGUGUGAAGACCCCUGCUGGCCCGUGGUCGGUUCGCGAACCGGUGGCUGUUCCAUCGUCCUCUACAACAACCGCGAUGGCGUCUCCACCUACUGUCCCAACUCCAUCGUCGCCAAUUCCAGCCACAGCAUCGGCUGCGCCGGCGAGGCCGAGCCCUUCACCAUCAAACAGGGCGACAUCAUCACCGACCGCGGCGUUCUGUCGCGGGCCUCCUGUGCUAUAGAUACGAUUGACCCGACCGCCGCCGCCACUCCGUUGCCCUCUCCCACGCCGACAGGCGCGGGCCAAUGCAAGGAGAGCAGCUCUACGCACGUCGCCAUCGGCGCAGGCGUGGGCGUUCCACUGGGGGUGAUCGCCAUCUUGGGCCUGUGUUGGGGUCUCUACGAGCGACGAAAGCGAUACCAGCUGUUAGGCUCGGCUCAGGGUGACAUGAUGCAGGGGCAGCACUAUAACAUGGCCCCGACCAGCACGUCUUCCCACACCAUGGGAGGGGUCACGCCCAUCUCGAGCCCCGGCCAUACUCGAAGCGUCAACGUCGCACCCCAAGAGCUGGGAAACGAAGGGUAUUAUAAAUAG